ACAUUUUUCUCUCCUUCAAAACAUUAUCAAUGGCAUCUUCUUCUCAAAAGUUCGAACUUCUCUCAAAUCUAUUCUCUAAUUGCAUCAUCUUCUUCUUCCUCUUUCACUCCACUUUGGCUUCUACAACCCUAAAAGUAGGGUUUUAUAAAUCAUCUUGUCCUCGUGCUGAAACCAUUAUCAAGAAUGCUGUAAACCAAGCCAUCUCUCAAAACCCCGGCAUCGCUGCGGGUCUUAUUCGAAUGCACUUCCAUGAUUGUUUCGUUAGAGGCUGCGAAGGUUCUGUGUUGCUGCAGUCCACACCCAACAACCCAUCAGAGAGAGAACAUAGAGCAAACUUCCCGAGCUUACGAGGUUUCGAGGUUAUCGACGAAGCCAAGGCCAAAAUCGAGGCUAUUUGCCCGAACACUGUUUCUUGCGCCGACAUUCUCGCCUUCGCUGCCCGGGACAGUGCAUACAGAGUUGGAGGAAUCAACUAUGCAGUACCAGCCGGUCGUCGUGAUGGUCGCAUCUCAAUAAAGGAAGAAGCAAACAGUCUCCCUGGUCCCUCGUUCAACGCCGAGCAGCUCACAGAGAGCUUCGCCAAGCGCGGUUUCUCAUCAGAGGAGAUGGUGACUCUUUCUGGUGCGCACUCCAUUGGAGUAGCUCAUUGCCCUACCUUCUCCAAUAGACUUUAUUCCUUCAACACAACUCAUCCACAAGACCCUUCCAUGGACCCUUUAUAUGCUGCAUACUUGAAGACCAAAUGCCCACCCCCGAGUGGCAAUAACGGCGAUGGAAGCGAGGAACCAACAGCGGCGCUCGAGUUCUUCUCUCCAUAUCGUUUGGAUAAUUGGUACUAUAUCGAGUUGAAAAACCACCGUGGGCUGCUGAGCUCCGAUCAAACAUUGUUGAGUAGCUCUUCCACUAAAGAAAUGGUGUUGCAUAAUGCUAAGCAUGGCCAUCAAUGGGCUGCUAAAUUUGGAAAGGCAAUGGUUAAAAUGGGUUUCCUUGAUGUUCUAACAGGAUCACAGGGUGAGAUUAGACGCCACUGCAGCUUUGUUAAUUGAGAUUUGGGAGAUGAUUUAGUCUUAAUCAUCUGAUUCAUCUUCAGCAAAAGAACAACUUUUGCUGUUUCUUCAAAAAGAAGGGUUUAAUUGCUUUGUUCAAAUUCAUUUAUUUGUUUAUUAUUAUUAUUAUUUAUGUUGAAGUAAUUCUGAAAUUGUAUAUUUCUCGGUUUAUUAUUUAUUAUUGUAACUCAUUUAUUGUUUGUAAUGCUUUUUCAUGAAGUUAUUUUUAUAAAAAGGUAGUACUUUGAUUGCAU